CAAAAAUAUGUAUCGCAGCAGUUCAGAGCCAAAUCUCGUUCAUCGAUCUGUGCUUUUGCACAUGAAAGACGAUUAGCAUUACAUAACGUGCGAGCCCGCAUUCUUACUGCUGCUUUCCCCAUUUCACCCAUUGCGGUCAUUCUACCGUUCAUUCAUCUAACUCUUCCAACCCAACGGGAGUCAAUACAGCACACUUCUGUAGUCGUGUUGAUGCUGUGGGGCUGUUACUUGUUUAUUUCCGCUCUGAGUGUGCGUGGUGACCCCGACCUUUGAGGGCCUCGGUGGCCAAGCACACAGAAUGAUACUCUUUAUUUCUCUCCUGUUACUUGCCACGAAUGCUCCUGCCAUGGCUGGAAACCAUGCCCAGUUUAUCCAGUCGGGGUACAUUGCCAGCACACCGGGCUUGCACCUGCGCACUGCUGCCACAAUCUGCGACUCCAGCAUUUUCAAGUGCCGGCUUUGUCCACAGGACCAAACGGUUCUGCUCACGUCGCCAAAGAACCAGCAACUCUACACAGCACUGAAUGAUGACGCUUUCGCGAACACCUACUUCGCCCACACUGUUGGCUUAAGUGUUGUCUCACGCCCACGGCUCAUUUCAACCUUCUAUCUGCUGCGUGAGGCAAUCCUUGCCGUGCCGGGCGACGUCGUCGAGACAGGUGUUUUCAUGGGCGGCAGUGGCAUCAUGAUGGCGAACGUCAUGAAGGACUGGGAUCCAUGCGGCAGGAGGUACUUUGGCUUCGACUCAUUCCAAGGCCUCCCGCAGCCUGUCAAGGAGGAUGCGCUUGGCACCACCAACAUUGGUGCUCAGGGUCUUUUUGCUGCUGGAGUGGACAUUGUCAAAGCCAACUUUGCCAAGCAUGGAGUUGAUGACCCAAAGUUGGUGCAGCUUAUUCCUGGAUGGUUUAAUGAGUCACUGCCAACAGCUCCUGUGGAUCACAUUGCAUUCCUGCGCCUGGACGGUGACCUGUACAUCUCAACCUGGGAGGCACUCAUCUACCUGUACCCUAAGGUGGCUCCUGGUGGGCUCAUCUAUGUUGAUGAUUAUGGCUCCUUCAAUGGUUGCAAGGUUGCUGUGGACAAGUACAGGAGCAUGCACAGAAUCGCAGCACCACUGCACUGGAUUCGUGAGCCUGGUAACUAUGUUGAGGCUGUGUGGUGGCGCAAGGACUAUGAAAUACAGUAUAUGCAGGAUUAAAAGGUACCUCUGCAUUAUUGGAAGGAGCCCUUAAAUGUCAGUGUAUGCCGUGAUGUAUGCAGCUUUCCGGCAAAUGAACUUCGUUCAUUUGUGUGUGCUGCUCUCGGAUGGUAGAAGGGCAGCGGGAUGCAUGAUGAGGGGCAGGAGGCAAACGUCACAGCAGGGGCAAGCAGGGUGUGUGUGACUGUUUGACUGUCGACCGCGGUGACGGGGAACAAGCUCUGAAGGUUGCCAUAGCGCGGGAUAGCUGUCAGGCGACUCUGCUGCAGGGUCAUGUUGGUGUUUGCCGAGCGCUUGCAAGCCAUGGCUAGACAUUCCCGCAUGCUGUUUGAUACUUUUAAAAUGUAUUGUAUGCAACAUGUUUACAUGAAAUGUUUGGACUGUGCCAUGAACGCGGCGGAUGCAGGUGCAGGUGUUUGGGGCUGCAUGUGUGCGUGCUGGUGCAGGUGCAGGUGCUGUAACAAGCAGAGACUCGACAUGCACCUUUUGUGCCUUUGGGGUUAUGACAGCUCCCAGGGUCCUUUACUGUACAGAUAACACAGCACAACAUUGCUCACCCGAGCUUGCAAUAUGGAUAUAAAUAACUGCCACUCGAAUCCACCUGUACAGUGGUGAGCCUAUUUUUGGGCUGAGCCCCCUGAGUGAAGCGAUCCAGGGGGGGCAAUCCAGGCAUCCUGCUCGGUAUCAGGCGGUUUUCGGGCUGUUAGCUCCUGUAGCUGUAGCUGGGCUUGCGGUGUUGGGCUGGCAUGCGAUGAUAUAGCUGGGCCAUAAGUGGUUGACUUUUUUUUGAUUGGUC